AUGUCGCAGAGUCAAUUGUUAACGGAGUUGGCUAAACUACUGUUGAAUGGUAACCCGAAGGAAUACACGGACCAGUUUGCGGCUGUAGCGGAGCGUGGUUUGGGGGUCGCCCCCGACGAAUUCGCUGCCUACUACUGCACCGGAUUACUGACAGACCUCCAUCUUCUAGUCACCAAUAACGGGCAGUUGAAUUAUCAGUCGUGGGAACAAGCGGCGACAACCGCAGCACGCCUCUACGAGCCCAAGCAGAGCGUGCUAGAGCUCCGAGGAAGGACCAGUCGAGCCAUUAGAGCUGCUAUCCAAGCUAAUGGGCCCCGUCGGCGCCAGAAAACCGAAAAUCGACCUGGAGGAACCCACGGAAACUGCUAUGAGUGUCAGGGUCGUGAACAUCCGGCACGCGUCUGCCCCAGCAAGGGAGAACGUACCAAACGUCCAGGGGAAACCUGCAAGAAGUGUGGCGGACCUAAUGCCAUUUCAGUCUCCCUAGAGAGGGGGAACCGCCUCCUCAACACGGUAGAGGGAAACAAAAUGAGCGAUGAGGACGUGCAGGGGACUCAGCCCCCUUCAGAAGCGCGGUUGGAGUCUGGGCCGGUGCCGAUGCGGAGUGAAGAAGCUCCGUGCGAGAAGGCGAAUAGCAGCGGGAAAUCUGCAGAAGCGACAGAAGAAGACUGCAGACCAGAAGCGAUAGAGACUAUGCCGCACUGGUGGAGGGAAACUAGUACGAAGGAGUCCUCCAACCAAGGAGGAGCCUUGUGCUACGUGGCCGGUUCGGCGGUGCCCCUAGAGUUCUCGGAUGAAUGGCAAGGUGCGCGUUGCUGCGCGUUAAUUGGGAAUCAACCUACGUCCUCCGGCUGGGGUAGUCCUUUUGCCUCCACCGCCUUGACGGCAGCGGAGGGUGAAGAGGAGUCGCCCUGGCCUAUGGCAAAACUCGAGCACACUCUGUUCGAAGAAUGGAUAAAUUCGACAGAGGCGCAGGCGAUUCCAUGUGAGAUUAUCCAGGUGUUGCAGGAGUAUCAAGCAGUCUUUCCCGAUAACUUACCUGAAGGAUUACCGCCGAAGCGCCCUCAUAAUCACCAUAUCCUACUGGCCCCUGGUAAACUUCCAGCGAAAUCUGCGAUAUACCGUAUGACCCCAAAUCAGCUCACAUUCCACAAACAGGAAAUAGCUAAAUUAUCGGACAUUGGUUGGAUUGGACCAGCCUAUUCGCCUAUUUGCUCUCCUACGAUCAUGGUAGACAAACGUGAUGAUGACUCCGGGGAGCGGAAGAGGCGCACGGUUGUUAACUACGAAGCUCUAAAUGCCCUUACGAUAGCCCCAGAUUUUCCACUACCUCCCAUUCAAACCAUUCUGGAGAUUCUAGGAGGCGCCAAGUAUUUUUCCACUUUGGACCUUGAAGCAGGACUCCAUCAAAUACGUAUGGCUAAGGAAGACUGUUGGAAGACGGUUUUCCGUUCCGUUCUAGGGCUAUUUGAAUAUCGAGUUAUGCUCUUUGGCCUUAAGGAAGACAAAAUCGAAGCCAUACGGCAUUGGCCCGAGGUGCUGGAGAAUGACACGCAGAUCUGCCAGUUCCUCGGUACCAUAAAUUACUACCGUAUGUUCAUGGGACCUGAUUAUGCCGACGUCGCUCGGCCGCUAGUUGAUCUUACGCGUAAAGACGUUAGUGUGAAUUGGACAGAACUUCACAAGCAAGCGGUGCGGUAG